UACUCCUAUCUCCAGACUCUAUCCCCUCUCUCUCUUCUCUCUCUCCCUCACACCAUUUACAAGUCUCAAUUACAACUAAACAAGACCAUACUCAUUUUCGCAGUGUUUAUGUGAUCAUGGGAAUUCAGAAGCCGGCAUGGUUAGAAGCCCUCUGCACGCAGAAGUUCUUUGCAGCCUGCCCAAUUCACGAAAACUUGAAGAAGAAUGAGAAGAAUGUUUGCUGUUUGGAUUGUUGUACCAGUAUUUGCCCUCACUGUGUUCCCUCUCAUCGAUUCCAUAGGCUUGUUCAAGUUCGUCGCUAUGUAUACCAUGAUGUUGUCCGAUUGGAAGACCUCGAAAAGCUCAUAGACUGCUCUAAUGUGCAGGCUUAUACAAUCAAUAGUGCUAAGGUGGUUUUCAUCAAGAAGAGGCCUCAAAACAGGCAGUUUAAAGGGUCUGGAAACUAUUGCACUUCUUGUGAUAGAAGCCUCCAAGAACCUUACAUCCAUUACUCUCUAGGGUGCAAGGUGGACUUUGUGUUGAAACACUACAAGGACCUCUCUCCUUUCAUAAGAAAAUGCAACACUCUCCAACUCAGUCCAGACUUCUUUGUCCCUCAAGACAUGGGAGAUGAUGACAUGACUAAUGAGACACCGCAUUCGACAAUUGUCGACUGCGAUGACGAGCCCAUGUGCUGGUCCUCGGGCUCGUCAGGGUCUGAUAACACGAGUAUGGCAUGCACUGGCUUCGUUCGGAAGAAGAGAAGUGGUUUAUAUGUGUGUGGAAGAUCAGUUAACAAGGUUUCAGAGGAGGACAUGGCCACAAGCAUGAGUAGAAGAAAAAGCAUUCCACAUAGGUCUCCUUUGUGUUGAAACUAGGAUUUGAAAUAUCGGCUGAUGUAUUGGUCGAUACUAUGUGAUUUUAGUUGAUAUAUGAUCGUAUGCCAAUACUAAUACGUACUCCGAUGUUAUUAUUUAAAAUUGAGUUGAAGCAAUAAGAGCAACAUUUUACCA